GUCUCAGACUGAUCGAGAGAGUCUGUGGUCGCAGUUCCACCUCCGCUGGGGACUCACAGCUGAAGAUGCCUCACAAGAGCAAAAACGAGAAGGAGAAAUCGGUCAGAUCUGGAGGUAAAAAUGCAGAUGAUCAGGGCUCCGGUAAGAAAGUGCCUCCCCCAGCUCAGCUGAUGAGGGUGAAGCAGCCGGGGUCACACUCGGCUCUGAAGAGGGAAAAGAGGUUGAGCACCUCCACUUUCCCCCUCAGUGUUAACAGAGAGCUUCAGAAGCUGCCAUCCCUCAGAGAUGUGGCCCCUGCGGAACAAGAGAAGCUCUUCAUCCAGAAGCUGCGGCAGUGCUGCGUUCUCUUUGACUUCCUUUCCGACCCUUUGAGUGACCUGAAAUGGAAGGAAGUGAAGCGAGCGGCCCUGAGCGAAAUGGUUGAGUACAUCACCCACAACAGGAAUGUCAUCACAGAACCCAUCUACCCUGAGGUCGUGCACAUGUUUGCUGUGAACAUGUUCAGGACGUUGCCUCCUUCAUCCAACCCCACCGGAGCAGAGUUUGAUCCUGAGGAAGAUGAGCCAACGCUCGAAGCGGCCUGGCCCCACCUCCAGCUCGUCUAUGAAUUUUUUCUUAGGUUUUUAGAAGCGCCCGAUUUCCAGCCAAACAUAGCGAAGAAGUACAUCGAUCAGAAAUUUGUUAUGCAGCUUCUAGAACUAUUUGACAGCGAGGAUCCUCGAGAGAGGGACUUCCUGAAAACCACUCUCCAUAGGAUCUAUGGGAAGUUUCUGGGACUGAGAGCGUAUAUCAGAAAACAGAUCAAUAACAUUUUCUAUAGAUUUAUAUAUGAGACGGAGCACCAUAAUGGAAUAGCUGAACUACUAGAAAUACUUGGGAGUAUAAUCAACGGAUUUGCCUUACCACUAAAAGAGGAGCACAAGAUUUUCCUGUUAAAAGUUUUAUUGCCUCUGCACAAAGUCAAAUCACUCAGUGUCUACCACCCACAGCUGGCCUACUGCGUCGUGCAGUUUUUAGAAAAAGACAGUACUCUAACAGAACCGGUCGUGAUGGCUUUACUAAAGUACUGGCCAAAGACUCACAGUCCCAAGGAGGUGAUGUUUCUUAAUGAGCUGGAGGAGAUCCUGGACGUCAUCGAGCCCUCAGAGUUUGUGAAGGUGCAGGAGCCUCUCUUCAGACAGCUGGCAAAGUGUGUGUCCAGUCCACACUUCCAGGUGGCAGAACGAGCUUUGUAUUACUGGAACAACGAGUACAUCAUGAGCCUCAUCAGCGACAACGCAGCAAAGAUUCUGCCCAUAAUGUUUCCCGCUCUGUACCGCAACUCAAAGACGCACUGGAACAAGACCAUCCACGGCCUCAUCUACAACGCUCUGAAGCUUUUCAUGGAGAUGAAUCAGAAACUCUUUGAUGAUUGCACACAGCAGUUUAGGGCAGAAAAAAACAAAGAAAAAGCUAAAUCAAAGGAACGCGAAGAAGCUUGGAUGAAGAUCGAGAACCUCGCUAAAUCAAACCCACAGUUCUUUGUAUAUGUUGAUUCCUCUGACCUCAAUAGUCCUGUAGCAAUGGAGACGGAUGUCCCUUUGAUAGAAGAUGUUCAGAGGUUAAAAAAGACAGUUGAGGAGGGCGCAACUCAGCCGCAGCAUGAGCAGCGGAAAGAGCGGGCGAUGGUGCGGCGCAAGUCUGAGUUGCCUCAGGAUAUUUACACCACAAAAGCCUUGGAGUCCCACCGCAGAGCUGAAGAAAUGUUAAACACCCACGACGGGCUCUAGGUCCCCUCCACCAAAAAAAACUGCCCCUCUUAGGCUCUACGGCAAUAGGACAUCUUUGCCCUGUGCUUCAAAAUACCAGGCUGGGCUUUCCAUCCUUCUUCCCACCUCCAGUUGUCCUAGAAUUCUUAGUUCUUGUUCAUUCCUGCAGGAAACAUGUCUGAAGCUCCUUUUGAUUUUUCUGCAUUCUCAGGUUCUUUUUAGUCGGCGAUGAGUGUGUCUGUGUGUCUUUGCAACAUACUGUGUCAUUAUUUAUUCUAUUCCUCGAAUCUCCAUCGCUCCUGCUUUUCUCCUGCGAUCUGAGGGUCCAGACAGCACAACACUGGUUCUUUAGUCAUACCAGCAUGUUCUCAAACAAACUGAACGCAGGAACCUUAACAUAGGAACUGUUUGAUUCACCGUCUAUGGAUCGUUACUUGGUGUUGUCUGGGUUUCUAUCAAAGGGAACAUGAAAGACCCAGUUUUUGAAAAUGCUUGUUAGCCGUUUGCUUUAUUCUCUCAAUGCCAAGACCUGCUUUAUGAUUAGAUUUUUUCUUUCUUGGUGGCUCUUAAAAUGCACAUCUGCCUUUUUUUCUUUUUUCCCCCCAUCUUUUUGUCUUCACCUGAAGACCAAAUUGGGGGCCUGUCACUAGCCUUGCAAUGUCCAGGGAAAAUGGCGAGGAAAGGUCAAAGUGUCCCGUGGAAGCGUAGACUCUUUCCAUGUUUUGUUGUGCCAUACGCCGCUUCCUUAUGUUUGUUUUACAGCAAUAUCUGAAAAGCAGAGCAGUGGCAGUUCAAACAAUGGUACUUCCUAAACUUGGUGGUCUAAAAACAAAGCUCAUCAUUUAGUUUAACGUUUGCUCGGGACUGGGAGCAGCGCAGUGAGGUGUUCUGGGUAAUGAGCCAGGUUUAGACACAGCCACAGAUGAGACGGGAGAUCUCUGACCCGACACUGUGUUUAGUGAAGCUACAUCACUUCUGUUGCAUCUUCUCUUUGCUUUUUUGGUUACAUGGUUACAUUUGUAGUUACUGAACGGUUUAAAAUCUGAUCAAGGUGAGAUUUUAAACAGAAAACAAGUCGAACAACAUUCAGUUUUUCAAAAGGUUUUUCACUUUAACUAAAAAAUACAAAUACUUUUUCCACUAAGUACCAUUGUGUGAACCGAGGAAGUUUGCCAGAUUUCUUGAACUAUCACAUGUUGUAUUUCUUUGUCGUCAGUGGAAGUUAAAAGCAUGAAUGCCAUGUUUUGAUUUAUUUUCUUUCCUUUGUUUUUUUGCUUUUGUUUUUUUUCUUUUGGCCAUUUAAAACAACCAGUUUGAAACCACUGGGCAGAAAAUGGCUACAAAAAAAAUGCCAUAAUGCUGAAAAUAAAGACAUCGUGACUUGGCUUGUUAACUGUAUUAAUACUGUAUUUGCUUGAACGCAGAAAAAGAAAAAAAAGAGUAAAAAAAGGAUGUAAAUUUUAAAAAUCCCAUGUUAAACAUGUACCUUUUAUCCUGGAGGAAUGCCAUUCACCAAGCCGAUUCUUCUCGUCAAGAUCAUCGCAUUUAUAAAAACAGUCCUGCUUGCUAGGAGAGAGAAUAUAUUUUAAUUUUACGAGUCUGAGAUGUUAGAAGUUUCCUUUUAGAGUUGAGAAGUCAUUUAUGAUAAUAAGAGAUGAUUAAAAAAAUAAUUGGUGGCUUGUUCUUUGCAGGUCUUUUAAUUUUAACAAAUAAUUUCCACAACAUGUUAACUUAAAGUGUCCUUUUUGUAUGUGACCUGUAUUAUAUGGUUCAUUUAAUAUUGUACAUAUGAUUUAACUUGUUUCAUGUAGUGAUUAUAUAUCUAGUUUAAUUUUGUAAAAAGUGUUCCUCUGUACAGAAUAAACUUCAAUAGCAAGUUAA